UCUUCUCCUCUCCUCUCAUUGGUGGCGCGUGCUCUGCUGUGUCUGUCCGAGUUGGCGCGAACGUGCACGCCGGCGCGAGACAAAGAGCAUCCUGCACUCCCGAAGAAACUACACCGGUAUCCUGUUAUCGGUCAAGUUUACGAGUGAUAGCUGUCUGUCGAGGAGUUAUGGCUGAUAAAGAAGCUGCAUUUGAUGACGCGGUGGAGGAGAGGGUGAUAAACGAAGAAUAUAAAAUAUGGAAGAAAAACACACCGUUUCUUUACGAUCUGGUGAUGACCCACGCGCUGGAGUGGCCCAGUCUUACUGCUCAGUGGUUGCCAGAUGUCACCAGACCUGAAGGAAAGGAUUUUAGCGUACACCGUCUGGUUCUCGGCACACAUACCUCUGAUGAGCAGAAUCACCUGGUUAUUGCCAGUGUCCAGCUGCCCAAUGAUGAUGCCCAGUUUGAUGCCUCGCAUUAUGACAGCGAAAAAGGAGAGUUUGGUGGUUUUGGCUCAGUAAGUGGCAAGAUAGAGAUUGAAAUCAAGAUUAAUCAUGAGGGAGAAGUGAACAGGGCUCGCUACAUGCCACAGAACCCCUGCAUCAUUGCCACCAAGACCCCCACUAGUGAUGUGCUGGUCUUUGACUACACCAAACACCCCUCCAAACCUGACCCCUCUGGAGAGUGCACUCCUGACCUGCGUCUGAGGGGACAUCAGAAAGAAGGAUAUGGUCUUUCCUGGAACCCCAACCUGAGUGGCUGCCUACUGAGUGCAUCUGAUGAUCACACCAUCUGUCUGUGGGACAUCAGUACAGUGCCAAAGGAGGGGAAAAUAGUGGAUGCUAAGACCAUUUUCACUGGUCACACGGCUGUAGUGGAGGACGUGUCUUGGCACCUGCUGCAUGAGUCUCUCUUUGGGUCUGUUGCAGAUGACCAGAAGCUUAUGAUCUGGGACACACGCUCCAAUAACACAUCCAAACCCAGUCAUGCAGUAGAUGCCCACACUGCAGAGGUCAACUGUUUGUCCUUCAAUCCCUACAGCGAGUUCAUUCUGGCCACCGGUUCUGCUGACAAAACUGUUGCAUUGUGGGAUCUGCGAAACCUGAAGCUGAAACUUCACUCAUUUGAAUCGCACAAAGAUGAAAUCUUUCAGGUUCAGUGGUCACCCCAUAAUGAGACCAUUCUGGCUUCUAGUGGAACAGACAGGCGACUCAAUGUUUGGGACCUCAGUAAAAUCGGUGAGGAACAGUCACCAGAAGAUGCAGAGGAUGGACCUCCAGAGCUACUGUUCAUCCAUGGAGGCCAUACAGCCAAGAUUUCUGACUUCUCUUGGAAUCCAAAUGAACCGUGGGUGAUUUGCUCCGUGUCUGAGGACAACAUCAUGCAAGUCUGGCAGAUGGCCGAGAACAUCUACAAUGAUGAGGACCCAGAGGGGGCAGCAGACACUGAGGUUCAGGGAUAAAACAGCUCUUUAUACCACCCCACUCUCAGCAUAAGACAAAACUCUUCUAAAAACUGUCUGUCUACACGCAAGUGAAGAACUUAAGUGCUCUCCCCUAAGUAAUGGAAAAGGAAUAAUUGACUAUUUCCCCACCAGGCAUUUUCUACUACUAUGUUAAUAGAGUAUUUUUCUAAGAAAAAUGUCAGUUGAUCAUUGGUCAAUAUCUGAAUGAGACAAAUGAACCUUCUCAUCUCUUCCCACCAGUGUCUCAUGACGAUUUCCUUGCAGUUUAAGUAUACUUAAAGUAUUACUUAAUAUCAGAAAAGUGUAUACAGGUGUGUAGUAUAUUGUGACCAGAGUGCAGUGGUACAAUGUUGAUGUUCAGUAGUUUUUUUUUUGUUUUUGUUUUUUUUAAUUAUUUUAAACUUGCCCUACAAAUGCAUUUUCACGUUUAAGUAUCCAUUUAAUUACUGGCUAGAUGUAUUGAUAACUUAAGCUCUUGUGUACUCUUUACUUUGAGCUUCAUGUAUCAGUCAGGUGGUGUUUAAUGUCUUUUUAAUAUUGUGACUUUUCAAUGUUUUUCUCCUGUAUGUCCAUACCGUUGUACAGAACAUUAUGAAUAAACUGUUUUUGUUGAUAAAAUUUAUUUUAUGUUAUGGUGACACAGCUUUUGUAAGAUUUUCUAUGUCAAGUGCAGUGUAUAUCUCUUAUAUACAUUACCAAGUUUCAAAAUGUGAGAAAUUGUGCGUGAACCAGGCAGCAGAAAAUGAUUACCAUUGUUAACCAAUCAGAAAAGUUGUAGGUGACUGCAUGCCUAUGGCAUGAGUUAGGGGCGGGGCUACCUGUUUGUCUGUGGGCUUGGCCCUUGCCAGCUUUCAAGCUUCACUGCAAGCUCUGGUCAGGUGCACUGAAAGGAAUGGUGCGAUUUUUGAGGAAAGACGUGUUUUUGUUUGUUUGUGGUCAAUUAUGGGAUUUAUAAUUAAGGGUUUUUGAAAUCAAUUAUGUAGUAUAGUAAAUAUCAAGUUGCCUUAAGAUAAAACGCAGGUAGUGUUUCGUACUGUUUAUUUAUUUUAGUUCUUUGGUACAGGUAUGUAGGAUUGUACUUGUAAGAGAAUUUUGUCCAUUUUCACGUGGGAGUCAAUAUACCUGAAAACAGACAAAACAAUAAACCUGAGACCACAGGAUAAAAGAUAGCAAACACUUAUGGACAGGCCUAUCACACACCCUUCCUCCCUCAUGCCCAUGUC